AUGGCUCGCACACUCUCGUCGGUCGAGGACUACAAGGAGCUCGUCGACCGCUACGACACCUGGCUGUUCGACUGCGACGGCGUGAUCUGGGAGGGCGACCAUGUGAUCGGCAAGGCUGGGGACACGCUGCAGUACCUGCGCAAGCAGGGCAAGCGCAUCUUUUUCGUCACCAACAACGCGACAAAGAGUCGGGCCAGCAACAAGGGCAAGUUUGACAAGAUGGGCAUCGAGUGCAAGGUCGACGAGAUCUUCACGUCCGCAUACGCUUCUGCCGCCUACCUCAAGACGGUCCUCAAGUUCCCGGCGGACAAGAAGGUCUAUGUUAUCGGCGAAAAGGGAAUUGAGGACGAGCUGGAUGCUGUUGGCAUACAGCACUCGGGCGGGACGAACCCCGACGACAACGUCUUCAUCGACCUGAUGGACUUCUCCUCCAUCACCGCCGACCCCAGUGUCGGCGCCGUGCUGUGCGGCCUCGACAUGCACAUGAACUACAAGAAAUUCGCCAAGGCGUUCCGGUACUUGCGCGAGAACGAGGGGUGCCACUUCAUGGCGACCAACCUCGACUCGACGUUCCCUACGCACGGCACCGUACACCCAGGCGGCGGCGCGACGGUGGCUCCUUUAUCCUGCGCUCUCGGGCGGGAACCGCUCGUCGUGGGAAAGCCCGAGGCGCCCAUGCUCGAGAGCAUCGUCGAGAUGCACCACCUUGACAAGAGCAAGAUGAUUAUGGUCGGAGACCGCCUGAACACGGACAUCGCGUUCGGCAACCAGGGAGGGAUCGCGACGCUCAUGGUGUUAACUGGCAUCGACAAACGGGAAGACUUUGAGAAGGAGGGCGCCGUCGCUCGCCCGACUUAUGUUGUAGACGCGCUGGGUGACAUGGCUGCCCUCGCACAACGAUAG